AUGAAAGAACAAAAAGACAAAGAAAUUAAAAAGAAAGAAACAGAUAGAAGAAAAAGAAAUGAUGAAAAAAAAGAAAACAACAUUAAUGAAGAAGAUAUUAUUCAAGAUGUAAAUUUUAAUAAAUUGAAGAAGAAGAAAAUAAUACAACUGACAAAAACAGAAAUACCAAAGAAGUGUUUCAAAUGGAAUAAUUGUAGAAGAGAAGAAAUGGGUUCCAUCAAAGAAGAAAAUAAAACAAAUAUAAGAAUGAGUAAUUCAAAUCAAAUGGAAAGAAAUAAUAAGAAUGACAUUAAAAGAAAUAGAAUAAUUUGA